CCCUUUCACAACAUUUCUUUUUACAUAAACAUCUAAGAUGUCCGACUCGGAAGGGGACUUCUCUGACGAACUCCUCGAGCUCGCCGGAGCCACCGAGAAGAAGCGACGUAAACGCCAAGCGGACAAGUCCAUGAAGCGGCGAAGAGCAGAUGCCGUCCAUUCAGACUCGGAAUCUGACCAUGCACACCCAGCAAGUGACAAAGAUGACAACUCGAAUCCUUACCCGCUGGAGGGGAAGUACAUUGACGACACGGACAGGUCCCGCCUGAUGGAGAUGACCGAGAUUGAGCGAGAGGACAUUCUUGCGCAGCGCCAGGAAGAGAUACAGCGUAUACAAGACAAGCGCAACUUGGACGCGAUGCUGCGAGACCGUACCGGAACGGGAGAAGAUUCCGUAUCAAAGGCUGCGAAACGCCAACAUGCUCAGCGUGGCGCCACGAGGGAAAAGUCGCGGAAGCUUGAUGAGCUCAAGGCGAAACGCAAGGCCAAAGACGAAAAGAAACGCACCAGAACUGACUCGCCACGGCGCGAUCGCUCGUCUUCUCCGAUGGACAUGGAGACUUCGGACGACGAAGAAGAGGACGGUCAAAUUGACAAGUACGAUAUCUAUGACGACAAGGAGCGGAGAUCCAGCAACAGAGCCAAGGCCGAUGACGCUCCGGCAAUACUAGCGGAACUAAUGUCUAUCUUUCUAACAAGAGACCAGAUUGCCAAGAAUUACUAUGCGCCCUGGUUUGAGGACCUCGUCAAAGGGGCAUGGGUGAGAUACUGCAUAGGAUACGAAGAUGGGCACUCAAUAUAUCGCGCUUGCGAAAUUGUCGAGGUGGCUCCCAAACUUGUCACUCCCUACAAGAUCAACGAGCAACCCGCGAAUCAAGAGCUCAUACUUCGACAUGGCGUAUCGGAAAAGAGCUUUCCAAUGAAUAUGAUCUCCAACAGCAACGUGACAGAUAAAGAGUGGAACCGUGUUGUUAGGGUCUGCGAAGCCGAGAAUGUCAAGCUGCCGACACAGCACGAGGUUAACAAGAAGUUCUUGCAGAUAAAGAAGCUGACUUCGCAGGCGCUUACCGAGGCCGAUAUCAGCGUAAUGAUAACCCGAAAAACACAGAUGAACAAGAAACAAAAUGCUGCACAGAUCACGUUGGAGAAAUCGCGUCUGAACCAGGCUCGAACACUUGCCCUACGCCGGAACGAUCUUGUGGAAGUCGCAGACAUUGAUGCGAAGCUUAUCGCCCUUACUGGCGAGACGACCGCUCGCCCAAGGAGUAGCCAGGCAGAUGAACUUGCUAGACUCAACGAGCGUAACCGCAAGGCCAAUAUUGAAGCUGCUCGUAAGGCAGAUAUGCUUGAGUCGGAACGGAAGCGCAGGGAGCGCAAAUUGGCACACGCCCAUGGCGCCGCCACACCCGACCGCGUGAGAAUGCUCAAGAAUGGUGACUCAAGGCCCGGUACCCCAGGAGUUCCUAUCUCGAAAACUGAGGCCAGUACUCCCGCCCCCAGAUCUGAAUCACCUGCAGGAUCGUCAAGUACAAAACCCGGCGAUACUGGCGUUAGCUUCGAAACUUCUGUUCUGGACGACGUAGACAUUGACCUGGGUGACUUCUAAAUCUCUGCAAGAGUCGGCCAACAAUUAUCUGCUUCUAUCGGUUAUUCAAAACUCGUUAUUUGGCCUGCUAUCUGUAUUCACAGCGCACGAUGUCCC